UGUGAUUAUUAAUUAAUAUCUCUUAUUAAUUAAUGCUGUUCAGAAUUCACACUGUAAUGGUUUUUGUCUCCCUCGUGUGGUCAGAGUCGGUACAGCACCCAAUUCCCACAAUCCACAGCUCCAAUGCAAGCCGGACACGAACGACUUCAAAAUUGUCAUUUUUAAAUAACAAAACGCCGACAAGUCCGUGAAAGCGAGUUCGUGUCUGUCUUUUCACCGAUAUGAGACCCCGUUUCUCAUUGCUGUCGAGUCCUGUGCGGUUCAAAGCGCUGUUCGGCUCGUCCCCUCUGCCCAGGUCUCGUCUCGGAGCCCCGGGACUCGCUUUGAGCGGUAGCCGGUCGGUGGUGGGCUCUGGACCGGCGGUUCUGGAGCUCGUCUCCGGGCAGGUGGAGGUGAGAGAGGAGUUCAUCAGCGAGGAAGAGGAGCGGGAGCUGCUGGGGGAGCUGGAGCCGGUUCUGAAAAGGAAGCGAUACGAGUUCGACCACUGGGAUAACGCUAUCCAUGGAUACAGGGAGACGGAGCGCUCCCACUGGAGUGAGAGGAACUCGGAGACCCUACAGAGAGUUCGAGACGUGGCCUUCCCUCCCGGGACCCCCCAGCUCGGCCCGGUCCACGUGCUGGACGUGGACAAGGGGGGCUACAUCAAACCCCACGUGGACAGCGUCAAGUUCUGCGGCAGCACCAUCGCGGGGCUCAGCCUGCUCUCUCCCAGCGUGAUGCGAUUGGUCAGCGAGCAGAACCAAUCGGAUUGGGUGGAUUUGCUGCUGUUGAGACGCUCCCUCUACAUCCUCAGGGGUGCAGCUCGCUACCUCUUCACUCACCAGGUCCUGAAGGAGGGGGACUCUUAUUUCGGAGGGGUGGAGGUGCCCCGGGGCCGGCGCAUCUCGGUGAUCUGCAGGAGCCUUCCCAGCACGGCCUGAAGGGGGCGGUGUGGAGAGAGCAGAGUUGCAGUGCAGGAGGACAAGCUCAGACACGCUUGAGGACUCUCGGAAGGACCGUGUCUCUGCCGUGUGUGUGAGACGCGCCUCUCGGACUGACUUGUGAUCCUCCAGAUGAUUGAAAAUCUUCAAAAGAAGAAUGAUUUCAUUUCUAUAUUCUAUAUUCUAUAUUCUAUAGUGGUUUAUAAAAGUCUCUAAUAAAUAUGUUCUCUGAGUUUC